UAUCAUGGUAUUAUGUUCCUCGCUGACACCCGUAGUAAAACCCCGCAUUGCAUCAGGGGAAAUGUAUGUAUACUGUGUUGUAUGCAAGCGAGUAAAGUAAAAGACACAAUGAAUCCAACUCUGACUCUACCUGGUCUUAUUCUGGAGUAAUACCAUGAUUACCAAGACAGAACAACUGGCGACGAGGAUGACGAAUACAUGCGUGUUUGUUGUACGAGGAAGACAUGUUUAGUGCUUGGAAUACUGGAAACGACCGGGAUACAAACUUUUCGUGGAUACCGUUAAAUCUGGCAUGCUAGCAAGCUACCAAACCGAGUCUACAAGAGGAGAGGAGAGAUGAAAGAGGAGCGGUAAAGGAAAGAAUUGUGAGUACAGCAAAUUCGAAGAUACGUGACUGUAAAAGAAACGAGUGCAUUCUGCUUAAACCUGUAUUGGAAAAAGUAAGAAAAAGUUUGAAGAAAUGGCGGGGAUAAUCGGGAGCAUUGGUGCUUUUGAUGAACUGAUUGAACCAUGGACUGCAUACACUGAACGUUUUGGAUACUUUGUAGCUGCAAAUAGCAUUGACGAGGAGAAGACAGUACCCACGUUUCUUAGCGUGAUGGGAGCUAAGACGUUUAAUCUGUUGCGCUCUUUGAUACAGCCGGAUAAGCCCGGUGACAAAACAUAUGAUGUGAUUGUGCAAACAUUAGCAAGGCACUUCUCUCCACAACCGUUGAUCAUAGCGGAACGUUUCCGUUUCCAUAAGAGAAAUCAAGAGGAGGGGGAGUCCGUGAAUAUGUUUGUUGCUACCAUGAAAAGGCUAGCAGAGCAUUGUGAAUUUAAAGAGUCACUAAGCGAAGUAAUAAGAGACAGACUGGUGUGUGGUCUCAGGAGUGAAGCCAUACAGAAAAGAUUGCUUACGGAAAAGGCAUUGACACUGGACAGGGCAGUGGAAAUAAGCGUGUCCAAGGGUCACAUUGAACGUGCUUGCAAGAGUAAAAGGAUUACAAACAACAAAAGAGAGCCUCAGCCACCAAAACGUGUUUGGAAAAAGAAAGGGGUGUAUAAUGUAGAAUACCAGAAUGACUCAUCUGGAGAUAGUAGCAGCUCAGAUGAUAGGAGAGUUCACAUACUGACCAUUAAGGGAGGGUCACAGGGGUACUCGGUUACUCCAUUAUUGGAAGGGCAACCCACUCACAUGGAGAUUGACACUGGGGCAGCAGUGUCAAUUGUAUCAGACCGCAUCUACAACAAGGCAUUAAAACAUCUGCCAUUAAAAAAGUCUAACAUCCUCUUAAAGACCUACACUGGUGAAACAGUGCCAGUCAGCGGCAUAGUUGAGGUAGGGGUCAAACUGAAUAAGCAAACAGCUACAUUGCCGCUCUACAUCGUGCAAGGCAAUUAUCCAUCUCUCUGUGGGCGUGCAUGGCUGGAAAAGAUGCGUUUUGACUGGUCAACCAUCUUCAUGAUCUCCAAGGCGGAACCAGGUCUAACCACAGUCCUAGAGAAGUACGCAGAGGUGUUUAAAGACGAACUGGGAAGCAUGAAGAACAUCAUGACUAAACUAGAUCUGAAGUCUGGUAGCAAACCAAGGUUCAUGAAAGCCAGAGCGGUGCCCUAUGCUCUUAGACCAAAAGUGGAAGCAGAGUUAAAAUCGUUAGUAGAGAGUGGCGUGCUUGAGCCUGUCAGUGUGAGUGAAUGGGCAACGCCCAUAGUUCCUGUAAUAAAAAAAAACGGAUCUAUCAGGAUUUGUGGGGAUUUCAAGGUGACAGUUAACCCUGUGUUGGAAGUGGAACAAUAUCCACUCCCUCUCAUCGAAGAUCUGUUUGCUGGCCUAGCAGGAGGGAAAAAAUUCAGCAAAAUUGACCUAAGCCAAGCAUACCUGCAAAUGCAUGUCGCUGAACAGUCACGAAAGCAGCUGACCAUCAACACUCAUAAGGGGCUAUACAGAUACUUCCGUCUGCCUUUUGGGAUCACAUCUGCCCCAUCUUUGUUUCAGCGAGCGAUGGAUCAAGUCUUAAGUGGUUUGUCUGGAGUACAGUGCUACCUGGACGAUAUCUUAGUCACGGGGAAGACUGAGGAAGAGCACUUGAGGAAUCUUGAGGCCACCCUGCAAAGACUGAAAGAAUAUGGACUCAGAGUCCGCAAGGCUAAGUGUGAAUUCUUUAAGUCUUCUGUGGAGUACUUGGGGCAUGUGAUUGAUGCCCAAGGCUUACACAAGGCUCCAUCAAAGGUCCGAGCCAUCACUGGGGCCCCAGCGCCACAAAAUGUAAGUCAACUACGUUCUUAUCUUGGUCUGCUUAAUUAUUAUGGAAAGUUUAUUCCUAAUCUGGCAUCCAUGUUGAAGCCUCUCCAUCAGCUUUUGUGCCAAGACAAGGUGUGGAAAUGGACAGCUCAAUGUGAUCAGGUGUUUGCACAAACCAAAGAAGCUUUAGUGAAAUCAGAGGCAUUGAUACACUUUGACCCCUCACUUCCGCUACAAUUAGCCUGUGAUGCAUCGCCUUAUGGCAUAGGUGCCGUAGUGUCACAUAUACUGGCAAAUGGUGAGGAAAGACCAAUAGCGUUUGCGUCACGCUCACUCAACAAGGCCGAAAGCAACUACGCCCAAAUAGAGAGAGAGGCCCUAGGGAUAGUUUUUGGUAUCCGGAAGUUCCACCAAUACUUGUUUGGGAGGAAGUUCACUCUUCUAACAGAUCAUCGCCCUCUCACCACCAUUUUUGGGCCACACACAGGGAUUCCGUCAUUGGCUGCGAGUCGGAUGCAAAGGUGGGCAUUGAUUCUCUCCGCUCACACAUAUGACAUUAAGUACCGGAAGUCUGAACUGCACUCAAAUGCUGAUGGUCUCUCCAGACUGCCAUUGCCUGACACUCAUGUCAUGUCUAAGCAAGCAGACAUCUUCUACUUCCAGCAGGUAGACGGGACACCAAUCACCUGUACACAAGUGAAACGUCAGAGCAGAAAUGACCCUGUGCUCUCUAAGAUGAUUGAUGUCGUAGUGAGUGGAAGGAAAGUGGAGAGUUUAGCGGAACUGAAACCGUAUCUCUCAAGGAUGAAUGAACUCUCAGUCCAAGCAGGAUGUCUGUUAUGGGGGCAGAGGGUAAUCAUUCCACCAAAUCUGAGGGAAGCACUGCUACAACAGUUACAUUCAGGGCACUGUGGAAUGGUUCGCAUGAAAGAACUGGCGAGGAGCUACUUCUGGUGGCCAGGACUCGAUGGUCAUAUUGAAGACAGGGUGAAGUCUUGUGGCUCAUGUCAGAGCGUCCGCAACACACCACAGUUAGCCCCUCUGCACCCAUGGGACUGGCCUGAGGAAGCAUGGCAACGGAUACAUAUCGAUUUUGCCGGCCCAUUUGAAGAGAGAAUGUUGCUGGUAGCUAUUGAUGCACAUAGUAAGUGGCCAGAAGUGGCAAUUAUGAGAUCAACCACAGCCCAGAAAACAAUUGAGAAGCUGGCGGAAAUGUUCAGUCGUUUUGGUUUUCCAGAACAGCUGGUGAGUGACAAUGGUCCGCAAUUUGUCUCUGCAGAUCUUGCCAAGUUCCUUGAAAGGCACGGAAUUCAACAUAUACGGUCUGCUCCAUAUCACCCCGCUACUAACGGAUUAGCAGAAAGAUUUAUUCAGAGCAUGAAACACUCACUCAAGGCUUCGCAAGGACAAGGUUCCCUCCAUCAACGACUGCAUGCUUUCUUGUUGUCAUACAGGAAUGUGCCACAUGGAACGACAAAAGAGUCUCCAUCAACACUUCUGAUGAAAAGACGUUUGCGUACCAGCUUCGAUCUUCUGAAACCUCCCAAGAUUAAGUCGGUGGUGUGGCGUGAACAACAGGCGCAGAUACAAAGGCGGCAGAAGACGGCAAGAGACGAAGUCUUCUGUCCUGGAGACCCGGUGAUGGCACGUAAUUAUACAAGUGGUGCAAAAUGGGUUCCAGGCACAAUAAUUGCACAGACAGGUCCUGUGUCUUACACGGUCCAAACAGCUGAGGACAGGGUCUGGAAGAGACACACAGAUCAACUGCUACAGGGAACAGCAACUCCAGUGUUGUCUUCACCUGGGGGGUGUCCACAACCAGUGCCACAACUUCCCACUGAGGUACCUACUACCAUCAGUGUGCCAGCACAAAUUCCACAGUCUGCUACAAUCGCUCUAGACCCAGUUUCUCCAAUGGCUGAGUCUAUGUCAUCCCCAUCUACACCGGUGCCACUGCCUGGCAACCCCGGUGUAUCCUCACCCAAAGAAGUGACUGUUCGUCGGUAUCCAGUCAGGGAACACCGACCACCAAACCGUUUGAAGUAUUAGAUAUGUGACAUACCCAGUGCUGUGGGGCAGAAUAAACCCCAGGGAAAUGUCUGGAUUUGGGGCAGUCUACCCUCAUUUCCGUAGCAUAGCCUAGAUAAAAAAAAACACACACAUGGUAUUGUGAAAUGUUGGUGCAUUAAAUGGUGAUGGUCUCAUAAUGAUAUUAAGAUGGUGUGGUUAUGGGUAGAGUUAGUCUGUAAGUGGGGUUUGUUAUUUGUUGGAUUUCAAGUGGUACUUUUCAUUUAAGGGGGGAGGAGUUGUUAUGUAUCAUGGUAUUAUGUUCCUCGCUGACACCCGUAGUAAAACCCCGCAUUGCAUCAGGGGAAAUGUAUGUAUACUGUGUUGUAUGCAAGCGAGUAAAGUAAAAGACACAAUGAAUCCAACUCUGACUCUACCUGGUCUUAUUCUGGAGUAAUACCAUGAUUACCAAGACAGAACAAGUUGCUGUGGACAUUAACUGCCAGAGCUAAAUAAUAAUAAAUAACAAAUAAUAAAUAGAUAAAUAAAUAUCCCUGAGAAAAUUAAAAAAGAAAUAUAUAUACAUUGAGGUGCAUCAAUGUAGGGUAGAGUGUUCAGAGUGCAGUCCAUGGGGGUGGGGCGGAGGUGGGGUGGUUUUGGGUGAGCUGUUGAGAAGCCUUAUUGCACGAGGGUAGAAGCUCUU